ACGCCAGCCGGUGGUCGUGAGGGACCGGAAAAAGUUAGUUUUUCACGCAAUUGAUGAUGUAAGCCAGCCUUGCAACUGCCACUCAGCCUGCUCCCUAGUCAGUCGGGGCGGGUCCCUCUACUAGCUGGUGCGGCCAGAUGCUCACGGCUCCGGGAUCCGUGGCUUUGUGUGUUUCAUAAACUAGCUGUUCAUUUGAGAGAGUGCGAGCUGAAGCCAGGUGAUGAUGCGUUGGUUUUCUUUACCUCCAGCCAAGGCUUCGAAAAUGCUACAGGCAUCAGAAUGCAUUGUUGUGCUGCUUGUGCUGAGUGUACUGGUGACGGUCGGCGUGGGUACACAGGACAUUCUGUCUAUCUGCCCUUUACACUGCACUUGCAAUGUAAAUGUGAGCAGCUCAGAGUAUGGAACCGUGCGAUGCUCAAGUGUUAGUCAGAACGUUACUGGCCAUUUCCCCAUUUACAGCGAACACUUGCACUUGAGGAGCAACGGAAUUUCAGCUCUCUAUCCAGACAUGUUCACCUACACAUCCAAUCUAAUUUCGCUAGAUUUGGACUACAACAUGAUAAGUGACUUGUCCGUCAACAUCUUCGAUGGUCUGAAGAGGCUGGAAAAAUUAUUAAUGGUGAGCAACGACCUGAGCACACUCAGGGAAGGUGUAUUCGACAGCCUGAUCGAACUCAGGGAGCUAUCACUGAGGCACAAUGUCAUCACUUCCUUGCCAGGUCAACUGUUUCAGAAUAAUGUGAACUUGGAAAAUGUAGACUUGGGAAGGAACCAGUUCAAGACACUGCCGGAGACACUUUUCUACAACACGUUUAAUCUUCGCUACUUGAGUUUGUAUGGAAACGGUGCUAAUGAUCUGCCAGCCCUGUUAUUCAGGAAUACACCAAACAUAGAGAGUCUAGAUCUGAGUAGCAAUGGUUUGGAAUAUAUCCCUGUCGGUCUCUUUUGGAAUCUACCGAACCUUCAGCGAUUCUCUACGUCGGGAUCAAGUCCUCGUAAAAGCGAUGUGUGCCCAUUGGCACGCCUACUGACCAAGGCUCCUAACCUAAGAACAAUCCCCCAAGACAAUUCUUACCCAGUGUUCGGUUCCAACUUAUUCGCCAUCGCCAACUUGUAUAAUGAAUGCAGCGGUGCUGAGCUGCGUUGUUUCGGUGAUCGAUUAGUUGGCGGCGGAGCAUUUUGCUCGUGCCCAGAAGGGCAAGUGUACAAUGGAACAUUCUGCACGCCCAGGGCCUCAUUAAUGCAAUCACCAGAUACCCAGUUUGUGGAGUCUCCCAGCUGUGUCCAAACAGCGGAUGAGCUAACCUGCAAAUGCCACACAACCAUCCCUGGAUUACUUGGACCUGUCGCCCGCAACUGCAAUAGCACGGCUUAUCCAUGUCCAGGCGCACUUGUCCUGUUCCAGACCGCCAUGGACUACCGAUGUGCAUGCGAACCUGGCUAUGAAGUCCAAGGCCAGAACUGCACGAAUAUUGAUGAGUGUAGCAGGUCAGGUUCCUGCCAGCAACAUGAGCUUUGCAACGACACAAUCGGAUCAUAUCAAUGCUAUCCAAACCCGACACUAGGCGUUUGCCCAGCGGAAACAGUGAUGGACCAGUUGUUUGGUGACUUUGUCUGGCCCGAGACAUCGGGCAAUGCCUCCGCAGUGCUACGGUGUCCUGCAAGCAACACAGGAGGCAGUUCAGACCAAGCUACGAGGAAGUGCGUGCUGGGUGAUGGUCCCGUGAGCGCUGAUAAUCCAUUUUGGUCUGCUCAGGAUGUAUUCACUUGUCCUUAUCUGUCGCAGCGUACCACCGCCAUCAGUGAUAUUGCCAAGAUUGUGUUCAACACUAGUGAGCCAAGCACUGUGCUUGAUGCCGGAGAGGAGUUGGGAAACCUGACCAAUGUGCCGUCGCAGCUGACAACCGAAGACGUGCGCCAAAGUGUGAUCGCGUUUGACAACUUGGUUAACAGUGUCUCUGAGGGAACGACCUGGGAGCAUGCAGAGAGAUUAGAGGUGGCAUCUUUUCUCGUUGAAGUUGUAGACAAUCUACUCGACGUCCCAGCAACAGAAGUGAACUCUGAUGAUGGCUACAGAUUGAUCACCUUGGUGGAUUUUCUAGCCACAUCUCUGUCACCAGUUGAGAACGAGACCAAGCUAGUCAUACACAGUGAUAACCUCGCGUUAGCCGUGCUCUGUCCUACAGAACCAGUGUCGCAAGGAUUACGUGCCAGUUCCGACACCGGUGUCUAUCUGCUAGGCUCCACGGAAAAUAUCACAAAAGAGGGAGAUGUAAAGGCCCUGGCAGUUGAUAUUGCGGCUAGUACUAUUGUCGAGGCAACGGACGAGCUCGCCUUGGCUGGCCAAGAAUACUAUUGCCCACUUGCUCAGCCUAGUUUUGUCGUUUACAAUGUCACGGACUUGUUCAACGACACCACACUUGACAACUCGACUUUCCUGGCCACACAGGUGGUGACGGUAAACGUGGGGAAAACCCCACGGCCAAACUUGACGGAUCCAGUUCUGUUGGCAUUUCCCUUCAAUCGUUUUGGGCUGGACCUGACGGAAAUCAAUGCAAGCUGCGUAUUCUGGGAUAAUGCUACAGUGUCUUGGAGCACAGAAGGCUGCAGGACAGUGUCCGUGACAUCACGCCACGUUAGGUGCCAAUGUGAUCACCUGACCAACUUCGCAGUACUUGUGUCUCGAUCGAUAGCCAAUUCCAUUAGACCUUUGACCCAGGCCGAACGAGUUAUGAACAUGAGCACAUACAUCGGAAUGGGGAUUUCAGUUCUGGGUUUGGUGAUCGCCACGAUAAUCAUACUUACAUCAAGUUCAAUGUGCAGCAAGGCCCACUACCGCAUUAUCCUGGCCCUGUGCUUCAACCUUCUGCUGAUCUAUGCAAUCAUCUAUGGUGGUAUGCGUUCCACGUCGCGUCCCACUCUCUGCUACGCUGUCGCUGUGCUCUUGCAUUACCUCAUUCUCACCAUGUUCGCCUGCACGUCGGCCGAUGCCACCAUGACGUACGUGAAGCUGGUCAGGGUUGUCGGGGCUCAGCCGUCCUCACUCCUGUGCAGGCUUCUCUCUGCCGUCCUCGGACUUCCAUUGCUGAUCGUUGUCAUUACUGCAAGCGUGUCAAAGAUGACAGCAUACAAGCCCAAACAGUUCUGCUGGAUGACUGGACAUAAUGCCUUUUACGUGUCUUUUGUUGCUCCCAUGGCUCUGUCGCUGCUGUACAACAUGUGCGUGCUCGGACUGGUAGUUCGGUCUUUACGACAACGUCAGGGUGACGCACUGACGGGCAGCAGGAUGGGUAAGGCAACAAGAGGGCUAUCUCUGCUGCGUACCAUCGUCUUCCUGUCAAUCCUGUUCGGCCUGACAUGGACAACCGGCGUACUCGUUAUCAUCUAUGACCACCUCGCAUUGCAGUACCUGUUCGCGAUACUCAACUCUCUUCAAGGUUUCUUGUUGUUUCUCUACAUAAGCCGGGAUAAGGACACGCAGCGUCGUUUGACGCAGAAAGUAUCGACCUUGUUUUCUUUGUCAAAGCCAUUGCCAUCACAGAAUGCAAAGAAGAAGUCGCCCAUUGAUGUAGCGAAGAGCCAGAGCGAUAUCAUUGAAAACGACCAAUACGAAAUUCAGCUGGUUCUCGGCAAUCAUGGGCAGAAAAGCGACGAAUGCAGCCUUGAAGCCUCCACCAGCAGCACAACAUCCGAGCAGGAACAACGGCGAGCAAGCACAAUCACAUUUGCUACUGCCUCUGCGAGAACAAGCAGCAGUUCAACGCAAGCAACAGCACUCAGCGCACGCUUGAGCGUCCCCAGCAUAGCUGUAGGACCAGUUAGCCACUGAUGCUUGACGUAGUCGAGGGUGACCCGUCCGCUGAUGCGCGAUAAGAGAGUUCCAGAGGAAAGAUCGCAUCUGCAUGGGAACCUUGGAGGAACAUUUAUGUGAUGUAAUGUGCAAUUUCUUCCCGGGAAAAAAGAAGAUUGUUGCCAUACGUUCAUGCACAUGCAUUGCCAAGCUGCAAACCUACGUGACAUGAAUGUCAUAUGGACGUGCAGUCUUUCAACUCAGCGCCAUUGCCCCACACGCAUUUCUUAACCCGUGAACACAGACUUUGAACACCUCGCCGCUCCACGAUGCUAGCACAGCAUGUCCACCUGUUUGCCUUUCAGUUUUAGUUCCUAGUUUCCAUAGUAACCACGCCUGACAUACGUACAUGUAGUUGUUCUCUCACAAAAUAUUAGAGUGUAGAUCAUUUGAACUUUUCUUUUUUUCUUUUGAGUUAUCUUCUUUCUUUCUUCUUUCUCAUACAUGUACAUGUAUGUCUAGUACUUUUCUUUUGUUGAUUUGGCCGUGGUUGGCUAUCACCUCUAUCUCAUUCAAUAUUGGCAUUGCUUGCCACGAGAUGAUGAUGCAAUAAUUAAAUAAAUAAAUAAACUUCGUGGCAUAUCAUGUUCUUGUCUUUCAUUGCGCAUUCCCCUCACUCUCUUACAUUCCCUUACACUCUUACAUUCCCUUUGCCUCUGGCCGGCUCACUCACUUACUCAAUCACUCACACUCCCACUUGCUCGCUCGCUCCUCUCGGCCCUCCAUCCCUCUCCCACAUUCACUCACUGACACGCACGCACACACACACGCACGCACACGCACACAGACACACACAUAUGCACCCAGACGCACGAUCUCUCUCAUUCUCUCAAUCUACCUAUCACUCUCUCUAUCUCCGUGACACAUACUCUCUCUCUCUGUCUCCCCUUCACUUGGUAUAAACCACCUUCUCCCAGAAGGUACGGGUCUCUCUUCAUAACUCGAAGGCUCCACUGCAGCCAAUCAAGCAUCUCUCCAAACACAAUAAUUAUAUUACUGCUGCUGAGCAAGCUUUGAUUUCAUUGUAAUGCUGCCUAAUACGCCUCAAGGCCGAAACUUUAGAGACUGUUUUAAUUUCAGUGGCAUUGGAUGACCGUGGUUGUGAAGGCAUUGGAGACGGGUCUAGGUGAUCAAUAUGGUGGAUUCCUCU